CGCCUCGCACGCAGCCUCCACUCACCACGCCGCGCGGCACACACACCCUCCCUUUUAUGGUGCUCCCAGUUCCUACCUCCUGGGCACGGAAUAUUUACUUCAUCUAGUCCUUACUUAGUGCUACCGGGACUGAAGUGGUUUAUCUCAGAGACGCGUGUUGUCCUGGGCCAUACGUGCCGCAUUUCUUGAAAGUCAACAGUGAAAGCAGGUUCCGCCGGAGGAGCGUCGUCACUGUCGCUGAAGGCUGUCACGACAGGACUGGGAAGAGCAUAACCCGUGAAGAACCGUCCUAGGGUCCCAGAGAAAGGGUGAGCAGGAUGCGAGGCUGGUUCGACGCGUUCCGUUCAGACGGCGGCCCAACCCUCUACGCCUACAGCAACCGCACCAGCGUCACCGGCGAUGUGCCCACCAUCACCAUCAUCCUCCUCUUCCUCACCGUCUUCCUGGCCUUCCUCACCAUCGUCCCUGGCAUCAGAAAAGAGAGAUUCUCCACAUUCUGCACAGUAACGCUCAGUCUGCUCACCGGCAUCGUCAUAUGUGUGUGCAAUGUCGGGUCGUCGUGGCACGUGGCGGAGGGCGUCAUUAGGUCGUCAUACCGCGCCUUUUCCUCACAUAAGAUCGAUGCCAACCUGGGCGUCGCCAUCGGCCUUGACCACGCCAAUGUCACCAUGCAAGUCAUCCCGCAGCACAAUCGCAGCCUCGACAUCAACUUCAACGAACGCUUCAGCUGGGUCAAGCCCACCGACAUGCGCCAGCGGUACCGUGAGGCGCUGGUCAAGGGGCUGCCCUACCCAAUCCUCACCGUGGCGGAGUACCUCGCCGUGGACAACGAAGGCUUCGCAUGGGGUCGAUAUUACCGCAGCGCCGGCUACUACUGCAGCAUCUUCCUCUGGUCAGCCUUCACGUCGUGGCUCCUGAUGAACGUGCUGCUGGUGAACGUGCCUCGCUACGGCGCCUACACCAUGAUACUCACCGGCUUGCUCAUGGCCCUCUCCUGCCUCAUCUUUUACCUGCUCAUGCCGCCCAAGAACCUCGACAUCCGCUUCGAGGACGUCACGCUCACCUUCCGCCUUGGCUGGUGCUUCUGGCUCACGCUUGUUGUCGGCUGCCUCGUGACGGUGUGUGGCCUCAUCAUCUCCAUGGUGGACUGCAUCUACCCACACAAGUUCUCCACCAUCUUGGAAGUUGACUUCGACACGCCCUACGACCGCCACAUCAUCAUCGAGGACUCACACGACACCAGAAAACGAAGGUUCAAGAUUCCCCGCCUGGAGGAACCCCUCAACGCAGGCCUCAACGCUGGCUCCAGGCUCUUGCGCCGCCUCUCCAAGCGAGGCGGCAAGGAGUCAACGGAGGAGGCAGAGCCCAGGACCACCCCAGGCCUUGACAAUCCAGGUUUCGAGAUGGAGCCGCCGAAGGCGCCCUGGAAGUACCCUAACUUUAUGAUGAGAACAGACUCAAAGAAAUCCACCAAGUCAGUCAACUUCCGCUCGGCGUCGCAGCGCUCACAACACUUCUUGGACAUUCCGCAGCUGCCGGACUACGAGGAGAAGGUUCAUAAACCCUUCCAGCGGUCCGACUCCAAGCAGAGCAGCAUGUCCUCCAUAUCAGUCGCGUCCUCUCCCAAGAGUGUGAACUUCGAGGACCCGACGGAACCCGGGCCCAGCGUCCACCCAGGCGGCACUGAAGUCGAGCCGGUGGCGGUGUCUAUCCUCCGGCAGGACUCCAGCCAGUCCGUCGCUUCUUCCUCUUCCUCCUUUGGCCUCGGGAUGCUCACCAGAAACCAGAGUGUCCGCAAGGUUUCCAAUGAAGAGAAUCCUCAUCAGCUGGUCACGAGGAACAACUCCGGCAACAUCAUCGUGUUCCACCGCACUGAUUCCCGUGGUCAACUUCAAAGACUGAACGGGGAAGUGGUGGAGAUCCAGACAGACGACUCAACCGAUGUGUGGUGAAGCGGGCGGCGGAGGCUUUAACUUAUGCCUCGUAGAGUCUCGCCACCUGCCCGGCAUAGGCCACACCCGCCUCGCCAGGCAUCCCCCGCCUCCUCCUCCCUCACCAUGACCCGGAGGAAAAGGGGCAUUUGUACUUUUAUAAAUGUGUGUCUUGUGGUACUACGUGAUGUGAUUUAUACUCUGUGAUUUUAAUAUAAAUAGCAGCUCAGAAUCAUGGCGAACGUUAUGAAAACGCUGUGAUGACUGUAUGAACUGAAGGAAACUCGGUGUUAUCCUAUACAGAAUGUGACAUAAGAAAAACCCAGUGAACUUAACUUAUUUAAACUAAUUAUAUAAAAAAAAUCACUUAUUGUGCUUCGACAGAUUUGGAAUGGUUCUAAUUUUAAUGCAACCCCAGUUUUAUUUGUGUAUCUGUAGCUUUUAUUUAGACGGAGAACUAGGAUGUAAAAUUUUACUACUGAAAAAGAAUGAAAAAAAAAAUGCAAUCUAGGACCCACCAUGUGCUUGAGCCCUUAUAAAGGAGGGCAUGCUAAGAGUCUGUGUAGCAAUGACGAAGCUCAUAAACUUUUUUUAAUGUG